AUGAAGAUCCUCAUCCUUGCCUGCCUGGUGGCUCUUGCUCUUGCACGGGAGAAGGAAGAAAUUAAUGUAUCCAAUGAGACUGUAGAACGCCUUUCAAACAAUGAACUAGAUUCAAGCCGUGAGCAGAAACUUCAGAAGUUUAAACAUGAAGAACAACAGCAAAGAGAGGUUGAACUCCAGGAUAAAAUCGAUCACUUUGUCCAGCAACAGCCUGUAGUCUAUCCUUAUACUGAGCCACUCUCUUACGCUAUCCUUCCACAAAACAUCCUGCCACUUGCUCAGCCUCCUGUAGCGCUGCCUUUCCUUCAGCCUGAAAAAAUGGAAGUCCUCCAAACUAAGGAGACCAUCUUUCCUAAACUCAAAGUGAUGCCCUCCCUUAAAUCUCCAGUAGUGCCCUUUUCUGAACGCCAAAUCUUGAAUCCCACUUAUAGCGAAAAUCUUCGCGUUCCCCUGCAUCUGAUCCAGCCAUUGAUGCAUCAGGUCCCUCAGUCUCUUCUUCAGACGCCAAUGCUUCUUUCUCAACCUGAGCUGUCCCCUCCUCAGUCCGAAGUCCCACCUUUCCCCCAGCAAGUGGUGCCCUACUCUCAGAGAGAUACACCUGUCGAAGCCUUUCUGCUGUACCAGGAGCCUCUACGUGGCCGUACCGGCGAGUUCUACCCUGUGCCUCAACCAAUUGCCCCAGUUUACAACGCCGUUAUUGUCUAA